AAAAUAUAUGAAUGUUGAUCGUCUAAAAAUCUUGUUGUGAACUCUUUCAUUAAUUGUUUGUUGAUUUCUUUUACAGAUUGUUCAAAUUCAUUGUGCGGGGAUCAGUUUUAAAUGCAAGUUUCUCAGAACACACCCAUAGUGAAAUGUGGUAACGACUAUUCCCAAAGGCUAGACGAAUUAGGGCCGUGGCCGCCCAAGGAGGAUAAUUCAUACCUAUCGGGCGGUGCUGGCGAGAUGCAAAGAAACUCUAAUGUAAAAGCGCCUGCUAAAAUAUUGGAUAACGUCCUUGAUAUUUCGUCAACUAUAGCCAAAAUUCUAACAAUCUGUGGGGUCGACCAAAGAAAAGCCAAUCAGGCCGUUUCAAGCAUCACAAAUUCAUUCCUGAACUUUGAUGAGAAGGCCCAGGGUAACCCUGGACUCAUAGCUUGUAAAACCAGGCAUUUACGCAAAGACGAAUUAUUGACGAAUCUAAAAAAUGAUUGUUAUAUGACAGAUGCGGAAGCGAAAUUGACCGCAACAGUCGUGAAGUGUGCAUUUCGUGCGUUUUAUCACAAACAGAGCUUGAGAAAGUACAAUCCAGGCUAUUAUUCCCAAGCGGAUUGGCAGGCCGCAGCUCAGCGAACCAUAAUAGCUUAUUCGAAAGCAGGAGCGUCGAAAUCAGAACUCGAACUGGCUGGAAAGAGGAUCCAAGAAGCCUAUAAAGGCUAUUUAGAACGGGUGCAACUUAAACGACCUACAAUGCAGGGUAAUGACAAUUAUGCCCUGAAUAAAGUCCAUUGCUACAACUGUUCACCGAAAACCAGAUAUCCAAAUCAAUUUGGACAAGAUAAUCCGGCGAUAAAUCCCGUUAAUAGUCCUUAUCAACAAGUAUCCUGUCAAUGUUGUGGCUGCUUAAAACAGUCACCUGCAGCAUAUCGUGAUUCGAAGGGAAGAAGCAUUCUUUUUAUGGAGAAUAAUGAUCUCUACUAUAAUUCUCAGCCGAUGAAAAACGCCAUUUAUGCGAUGAGAGGAUCGCAGUUCCCACGCUCAGCAGAAACGACAUUUGAAGACGCUCUCCCGAAAAUGCUUUAUAAGUUGGCUUAUGAUAUGAUAGGCCGAGUUCUCAAAAACACACGCUUAGAUGCCCUGGCAGGGGAGGGGGAGGAAGACGAAUUUGACGAAUACCAUAAGUCUCCCAGGAAAUCAAGCCAGUCGGUACUUUCUAAUGGUAAACGCAGAUCUAAACAAAAAUCCAUCCAGAAGCCUGUGCGAAGAUCAGUUCAGAGGUCUCAUAUCUGUGAUUGUAAUAACAAAUUAGAUGGUUCUCAACGGGAUGAAGAAUACACAAGUGAUCAUUCUCGGCGAAGGCCAAACGGAAUGACCACACCACCCAAUAGUAUGGAGGAUAUAGCAGGGGCAGUAAACCUUGCGGAUUCCGAUGCAGUAGUUCAAAUUGCGCUUAAAGGAAUAUGUGGGGUCUCAAAUGAUGAGCGCCCAAGAAUCGAUAUACUAGGCUUAAAGCUAAUGAAUAACGAAUUAACAAAUUCAUCUGAGUAUGUUUGCAAGAAACGGGUUCGUCUUGUAAACCGGUAUACUCAAACUUGUGGAUCUGCUGGUCCUUCUGAAUGUGGAAGCAGUGCAUCUGCGACGAGCACAGCACCCCAACCGGGAAAGCUUAGUAUGAUUAGCUCAAAAAGAGCAUCACAAAUAACUGACAAAAGACAGUCUGCCCAAUCGGGUACAAAGAGUGGAUACUCAGGAAGAUAUUCCGAAAGUAUUCGUAUCCAAGAGCUUGAAAAGCAAUCUAACUUAAUUGAUGAAGUUACUAAAACUUCAAGUUUCACUCUAGAACAGCAGGCGUUUGUAGCUGAAGCUAACAGUGACGAGCAAGAUAAUGAAGGCAAUCAAAUGGAACAUAUUCCAGAGACUCAGGAAAUCCAGGAGGUUCAGGAGGCCCAAGUAACUGAAACUCAUACUAGCCCGCGGAUAUCAGAGAACCCUGAAGCCCUUGGAAAUCCAGAGCCUUCUCAAGGUCGCCCCUCGGCCGGCAUGAAUCCAAUUCACGGAAAUUUAAAGAGCUCCAUUCAGAAAACUAGUUUUCAACUUGAAGAAGAAAAGGAUCCAGAACCACCACUCACAGAAGUACCAGCGACAGAUUCAGGCAAGGAAGGUGAACGAUCAUCGAGUCCUAAAAGUGGAGAGUCAAAGGCGCCUGAUUUUGAAAUAUCAAGUCUUAAAAAUCCUCCUGAGGUAAUUGAUAACAAGUCGAUUCCACCUAAGGAGGAGGAAUCAUAGUUUUUCUAACAUCUUUUUGGAAAACUUUUAAUUAAAACCAGUUGAAUGAGGUUUGUUGAUGGAGACAUUAAGAUUUCAUUCAUUUCUCAAAUUUUGUUAGCCCAUACAGAUAUAAAUUUGCGAAAAUGAAUUCAAAUUGUGAAA